UACGAAUAUAGUUUAGCGACAUCGUUUGCAAUUACAGUUAAACGCCACCGAUGAGACCUAAAUUGUGGUUGCCUUGCAAUCUGUAGAGACAUAAAAAACAUUGAUGUCGCAACCAUUGCAGAUUUGUAGUUGAGAAAUGUCUUUCAAACUUUAAUAAUAAUAAUAAUCUAAAUAUAAAUUUUAUGCAGCUUGAUUAUAAUGAGAGUGCAGAAGUUAGGAACCAACACAUAGAGAAGCAUAUAUCAAAUGCAAACCAGCAUGAUACUGAUCAACAUGACAUAGUUUACUUGACCCCUAUCAAAGAGGAUGAAGCAAAAGAGACCAUAAGUUUGAGUUCAACUCAACACAGAGACAACAUAGGAAGAUCAUGCCAGAAAGAGGAGAUUGAAGAUGGUCGGUUGGUGUCUAAUAAUUCAAGGAACUCUAAUCAAUCUGAAGGCAGUAGAGGUUCUUUUGCAUUCCCUGAGUUAGCUUGGGAAAUGAAGGGAAGUCCUGUCAAAAUGCCAAAAUCAGAGGAUCCUCAUAUAAAGAAGCAGAAGAUUCGAUGUGUGGGAUUUCAGUGUUUUAGAUUUUGAUGAUUUAAUUUCAUGCCUUUUAGUUUUUAUAUUUUCAACUUUACAUGAAUGAAAUCUUCUGUGCA